AAAAAUGGCGGACGAGAAGUCGAGGUUUUAGUUUUUCUGUCUAUUUCCUCUGAAUGUACAUCUAUAGGUCCCAAUGGUGUAGUUUAAAGGGAUCCAAGACGGAGGUCAGGACUUGUAGGAUAGAUGCAGGCCAAAAAGAGGUAUGUGCUCCUAGCCUCGAGCGUGAUAUGCCUCGGAUUGUGCUAUUACAUCGGCUUGCUAAGAUUUCUUCAAAAUGGUGAAAAUUUAUCAAAAUACAAACAUCAAAAACUGGUUGGUUUCAUGGACCACAAAGACUUCAGAUAUGACCAGGAUUUACAUCUGUCAGCCAGGCAUAGGAGAGAUACAUGGGUUCAUAAAAUAUCUCACAAACAUUGUCGCAUGGAGACAUGUUUUGACAUGUCAAAAUGUAAGGGGGAUUUCAAAGUGUAUCUUUAUCCACAGUCACAGGAAAAAGUGUCAUCAGCUUAUAGCAAAAUCCUCACAUCUCUGCAGAAAUCACGCUAUUACACAACAGAUCCAGCACAAGCGUGUGUCUUUGUCCUUUCCAUCGACACUCUGGACAGGGAUCAUCUCUCAAAAGACUAUAUCAAAAAUAUCCAGUCUAAAAUUGAAAGUCUCGGAACUUGGAACAAUGGCCGUAACCAUUUAUUAUUCAAUUUGUAUUCAGGAACUUGGCCGGACUAUGUUGAAGACCUUGGCUUUGAUAUAGGAGAAGCGAUGCUUGCUAAAGCUAGUAUAGAAGUAGUAAAUUUUAGAUCAGGGUUUGAUAUUUCUAUACCGCUAUGGCACAAAGAGCACCCUCAGUCAGGGGCGGGGUCUGGCAACUUACAGACAACAACCAUACCCUCUCUACGCACAUAUACAUUAGUAUUCAAAGGUAAACGUUAUCUAACUGGAAUAGGUUCAGAGACCAGAAAUUCAUUGUUUCAUUUACAUAAUGGGAAUGACAUAAUUUUGCUUACAUCCUGUCGACACGGAAAGGACUGGCAGGAUUUCCAGGACAAAAGAUGUGCCACGGAUAAUGCAGAGUAUGACAAGUAUGACUAUAAAGUUUUGCUUCACAACUCCACAUUCUGUCUGGUACCAAGGGGUCGUAGACUUGGCUCGUUCAGGUUCCUUGAAGCACUCCAAGCUGGUUGUGUCCCUGUGUUGCUAAGCAACGGUUGGGAGCUGCCAUUCUCUGAGAUCAUCAACUGGAACAAGGCAGUUGUCUGGGGAGACGAGCGACUACUGUUCCAGAUCCCGUCCAUUGUGCGUUCCAUGUCGCACCAAGACAUCUUGUCUCUUCAACAACAGACCCAACUUCUAUGGGACUCUUACUUUGCUUCCAUUGACAGCAUUGUCGACACAACUUUGGAGAUACUGAAAGAUCGUGUCAUGCUCCACCGUCGAUCCAGCCUCGUUUGGAAUAGUGUACCAGGUGGACUGUCUUCCGUGCCAGACUAUUCUGACAAUAUACAGAGUCUGCCUUUUUAUUACCACUAUCUGGGCCGGGAACCUGGAUUGAAGUUUACUGCUGUAGUAUAUGCUACAAAUUGUAUUUUGCUCACUAGUUCACCUUUGUAUAAACUACUAAAAAAUAUAGGCAAAUCACAGUCAUUAGAUAGGAUAAUUAUUAUAUGGCACUGCGAUACCCCUCCACCCCCUUGGAAUCGCUGGCCAUUGGAGUCCAGUACGCCAAUACAUAUUGUACAGAGUCAUAAGUCAUAUGUACGGACAAUCAGUGCCAGGUUUAUUCCCUACAAAGACAUCCAGACAGAAGCAGUGCUGAGCCUGGAUGAAGAUGCCUUAUUGACCACAGAUGAGGUGGAUUUUGCAUUCUCUGUGUGGCGGGAGUUCCCAGAAAGGAUUGUGGGAUACCCGGGUCGCAACCACUACUGGAGUGAUGCUCAUGAGAGGUGGGCAUACACAUCAAAGUGGACCAAUGAUUACUCCAUGGUUCUCACAAGUGCUGCUUUUAUACACAGGUAUUAUUUGCAUUACUAUAGCAACUAUACCAGUAAACUGCUGUUAAAGACUGUCAAUCAACUCCACAAUUGUGAAGACAUUCUCAUGAACUUUGUUGUUAGUCACCUGACCAAGCAACCGCCAAUCAAAGUCACACAACGAAAACUUUACAAAGACUCCAUGGCCCCAGGCCGAACGUCAAAAUGGCUUGAGGCAGAGCAUUUCAAUCAACGGCAAAUAUGUAUGAAUACAUUUGUUGAUGCCUUUGGUUACGUUCCAUUGAAGCGCUCUAGCGCUCGCUUUGAUCCACUUCUAUAUAAAGACCCUGUUGCAAAUUUUAGAAAAAAGUACAAACAAAUCGAAGCAGUGGUUUCCUGAUAGAGUGAUUUCCGAGUAAAAUAGGAAACAUAUUCAGUCGAAGGAGUUCUCGGUAGCCAAUCAGUAGUCAGCAUCGAUGGAUAGGAGCCAUUCAGCUGAAAAGCUAUUCAGUUUUGUACACAGACACAAAAAUAGGGAGUUAGUUCAUUUUAGUUCAUUUUAUUUGAGUCAUUUAUUGUUGCAGUGCUUAAGACUGUAAAUGUGUAGCUAUAACUCUUCAGUUCACUAUUAUUAUCAUUGGAAUCUCAUCUCAUGUAUUGCUCAUAAAUAAGUCAUCAAUUUCACAAAGUAAAUUGAAAGAAUUGUAAUUUAAAUGCACAAUAUAUGUUGACAAACAAAUCAUAUUGCUGAUUGUAUUUAUUCAAAGUUUAGACUUGGAAUUGCUUUUCAUUAUGUAAAAAUUGUAUAUUUAUGCAACUGUAUUCACAGAAAUAUAGCUAAAUGAAAAUGAAAUAUUAAAAGCUAGAUUUGUGCAGAAAGUGCCUCAAAAUGUGGCUGCCAAUUUCGAAAUCAUUGCUAUUUGAAAUAAUAAAGUUGUUACAUAUUUGUUGUUUAUAUUAUUGACUUACAGGAACAAGUUUGAAUAUUUAUAGAUUGUAAACAAGUGAAAUAUUCAUGAAAUGGCCCCCUGAAAUUAUUACCUAUUUGGCAGUUUGUAUGAAAUGAAAACUUGAUGUAUCAUUUGGUAGUUUUAUUUCAAUAUGCAACAUUAAGCCAUGGCCACUUGACAUGAGUUUUUGUGACUCGUCCUUGUGUACAGUUGCAUAUUUUAGCUGAGAUGAAAUUCCAAAGUCAUUCUUUUCUUUUCAAUGGUGCUUCAGAUGCACACAAGCACCAUUGAAUAAUUAACUUUAAAAUUACACACUUGAUAAAUGGAAACGAUAAUUAUGAUAGCGGAUAGAUAUAUAUUAUAAAACCAUUGCAGUAUUUUUAACAAAAUGAUAUUCAUGUAGUACUGUAGUUAUGUAUUUACUGUACAUUGGUGUCUCCUUUCAUAAUCAAGUCGCUUUUGUGCCAUUUCUGGUUAAAUUAAUUCCAAGGUUAACUUACAUAUAACACUAUAUCUGGCCAAGAUAAAUCAUUAUACCAUAUUAGGACAGUAUGAAUCAUAUUAGGUCAGUAAUGACCAAAUAAGGUAAACUUGCAUCACAUUUUGUACCAUAUUCUUACAAAUAAUACUAUAGGUAGCUUCAAUUCAUUUAAUAAUGUAAUGUUUUUUGAUAUAUGUUUCACACAAUUUUUAAUAAAUUAUGUCUAGCUGUAAAUUUUAAUUGAUAUUAUGAAAUUUUUGAGAUGUUACAUGUACAAUUAAAUGAUGAUGAAUUAAUGAUAGGGUAAAAAGAUUCAAAAGAAUGCAUUUGCAAAUUCUUUUAAUCUUUUGUGUACAAGAUAAUUGUGUUUGGCCAACUUCUGACAAGUUUGGUAUAAUGACUAAACGCUUGUGGUCUUUUGGCAUAAAGGCUUAUUGUUUUAUGGCUUAAAUGCUUAUGAUCUUUAUGCAAAAAGGCUUAUGAGGAAAGAUGAUAGAUAUUCAUUUUGCAUGCUUUUACAAGAAAAUAACAAAGAGAACAUGAGGUCUUCAGUGUGUUUUUAAUCCAACGCUUCAUAGUCACAUUUCCCCAGUCUAUAACAGUGUGUAGUAUUCUGGGU